AUGAUACGCGGCUGGUUAGAAGAAGAUAUGGAGGUUGAGAGUUAUAUCGCCCCUAGCGAUACAGAAGAUAAUGAAGAAGAGUAUGCUAUAGAGCUAAACCAUGACUCAGAAACAGAGCAAGAAUAUGAAAAUAGCAUAGAAGAGACGGAAAAAAGGAGCGCAGAAGAGAGAGUAGAUGCAGAUACGGAAGAAAAUAAGAAUAGUUUUUCAAGCGAUGACAAUGUUUCUCUGAGUACUUUCUCAAACUACCACCAAUCUAGAAAUGGCACUCGUUGA